UAUAUUUUCUCUUUUCCUUUCAAGAAAUAUUCUCUUUUUAGCUUCAACUAAAAUGUAUCUUUUUACAGACCUCAAUCAAACGACGAUGCAUGAAGGAUGGAUGGCAUGGAAAAAUGGAAGGAAAAAUCCAAAUCUGUAAGGAUUUUUUGAUGUUUUAACUAAACUGCAAGUUUUUACAGAUGCUGAAAGAUGUGAUGGAACAAAAUGGCGCUCAAUGAAUGGAAAGAUCUGGACGAUCGGGAUGGAUGGAUGGAUGGAUUGGAACGAUCGGUAGGGAUUUGGGACGAAACGACGACGACGACGACGAAGGAUGGACAAAUUCGGGACGGAUCGGGAUGGACGGUAAGUGAAUCCAUCUUGCUCCUUCUUGUGAGUGUAGCGUCCCCGUUACGUUUACCUGGCUUGAACUGAACUGGUUUGCUUGAAUCUUUCACUGUCCAAUUUCUGAACCGGGUUCAAAAGUAGCAGGCAAGGGCUGCAUUUUCGGAUUUACUGCUACCCCCUGAGUUGAUUUGUUUGGAAACAAGCAAAUCUUGUACCGUACUCAGAGGCAGUGAAAUCGAUUAAUCUCUUAAUGGGAAAUGCGAACUCCUGCGAAAAUAAGAACAAGGAGACUGGAAAUAGCGUCAAACAGACGAGGGCUUAUCGGACGGUUCUUGCCACAUAGGUAAAUUGUAAUGGGCGAUGCUGCGCAGUUCUAACGGUACAGAACAUCACUUGAAGUGCUAUACGCUAUACGCUAUACGCUAUACGCUAUACGCUAUACGCUAUACGCUAUACGCUAUACGCUAUACGCUAUACGCUAUACGCUAUACGCUAUACGCUAUACGCACUGUAAAUUCAGAGACUUUCGGUGUAAUUCCGAAAGACGAAAAACCAGUAAUAAUUUCUCAAUGUGAUUGAUUUUAUUGGCACUACUGACAACUGAUCCACUUUUUGCAUCCAAACAUAGAAUGUUUAAUUUCUAAAAAUUUCAUUGAAUAAAAAUUCAUUUGAGCAAAAAAAAAACGAACGAAAUAGUGUGGCGACAUGAGAGAAAAAGAGAAAAGAAAAGAGAUAUUAAAAAUAUCUCGAAUUCUGAAAACCGUAUCGAGAUCAUCACAGAAUUAGUAAAGAGGGUAAUUUGGAAAAUUAAAGAUAAAAAUAGAAGCAAAAUGAGUAAAAAAUG